AUGAGUUUGCUGGAACUUCCUCGCGAGAUACGCGACCACAUCUACACACACCUUUUCGAACCCGAGGCCAAUAGACACACCACCAGCGACGGCAGGACAACAUACACAUACUCGCACCACAACCUCCUCUGUACAAACCGCCAGAUCUAUCACGAAGCCCGCCGUAUCUUCCUCGAACAAAAUACUUUUGUCAAGAUCACCACGCCGUUUGUGCAAUCCAAGUAUCAGGUCGCCGAACAUGGGGUGGGCAUCGUGGCCACAGAGUCGCUCGCAGACAACUUUACUCAACAUGGAUUGUCCGUGUUGAUAGACUUUCCCUCGAUGAGUUUGCGAGACGAAGAAGAGGAAGAAGAAGAUACAUUCAUUAUACACAUCGACGACUUGCCCAAGUUCUGCGAUAGUUGGUUUUAUUCGGCUGCGGAUUAUCCACCUUUGAACGAGAGCCUGACGCUUCAACUCACGAUACGGGAUCCCUUGUCUACUACACCCUUGGACAGUACAUUCGCAGAGCANAAAGUGCUUAAGACAUUGCAAGAGAGGCUUCUACAUCCUUUUGGCAGGAUCAAGAAUUUGAUGCGGGUGGACGUUACAGGAGUCCCUGAACCCGACGAUGCUGUUGUCGCUGAGAUGAAGAGAUUAAUGGCCAUACCACUAGGCUCACCCUACGAACGCCUGCUCCUCGCCACCGAACACAAAGACGCAGGAAACGUAGCCUUGAUGGAGAACCAACCACUCCAAGCACUAGAACACUACCGCAAAGCCUGGGAAGCAAUGUUCAUCAUCGUCAAAGGCCGAUCCCGCAAAAUACACGGCGAAGCAUACUUUGACACUAUUCUUACUGCGCCGCCGUUUGAGGGUCAACAUGGUCAGAUGGUGGCUAUUGUGUUGAGAGUGAGGCUUGUGGCUAAUACACUGCUUGCAUACCUUAAUCUUAAAGAUUGGGUCACGGUGGUGCAUAUUGGCAUGCGCACGAUUCAUAUCAUGAGGGGAGGAAGAGAGAACCUGGAUCCUGAGGAUGAGGCUUCGAAUGGAUGGAUAGCCGGACCUCAAAUGGGAAAGAUCUACUACAGAACGGCUUUGGCGUUCAAAGAGAUGGACGACAAGUACGAGGCGAGGAGGUUGUUGAAGGUUGCAGUCUUGUUUUUGCCCAAUGAGCAAAGGGUUCAAGAGUUGGUUAGGGAGUGUGCAUUGAGGCUUGGAUGA